AUGGUCAUGCAAGCGAUUGUGAUAUAUAAUGAACUUAGGCGUCGUGCACGACAUCUUCCAAGAGCUCCUCAUACAAAUUGGAAUUCUGAAAGAGAAAUAACACUUACACGAAUGUUUGGCACGAGUGAUACAAUAUGUCGUGAUCUCCUUAGGAUGAAAAUAGGUCAAUUUCAAAGAUUAUGUUCUCGUUUGCGAACUUAUGGAUUGGUUGACAGUAAAUACGUUCGAAUUGAGGAACACAUCGCAAUUUUUUUGAAUAUAGUCGGGCAUGACCAACGUAAUCGCGCUGGACGUUUUACUUUCUUUCGCUCUGGUCAAACAGUGAGCUUUUACUUUCACAGAGUCUUACACGCUUGUCUUGGACUGUAUAGAGAUGUUGUGAUUAAUGUCACUCCUCAUAACUCACCAUACGAAAAAGAAAAUGUGCAGCCAUGGUACUCCUUUUUUAAGGAUGCCGUAGGAGCAAUCGAUGGUACACAUAUUGCUACGUAUGUGCCUUUAGAGGAGCAAGGUAAAUAUUAUCUUGUUGAUGCUGGCUUCCCAUCGGUUUCGGGUUUUCUUGCACCAUACCGUAGGACCCGUUAUCAUCGUAGAGACAUUGAAGGUCAACAUCCUGAAAGUAGUAAUGAGUUGUUCAAUUUUCGACAUUCAUCUCUACAUGUUUGUGAGGAGGACGACUUAGAUAGUAGUGAUGAUGAGGUUAACCCUACGCAUGUUGAUGUACCUGAAGAUGAAACUCUAAAUGCUCACAUAUCUUUCACAAAUCAGGAAGUAUGGUCUAAUAAGAAGAAUGCGAUUGCUGAUUUAAUGUGGGCUGAUUAUCUUCCUAAUCGUAAUGCGGGAAUUGAUUUUGAUUGA